AUGUCCGGUCUGUCGGAGAUAUUUGGACAGGGCCAUAACGCCUACUUCUCUAAUGGCCCCAUCGCCCGGCUCUCGUUCAUGCGCUUGAAUAACCAGCUUUUGGACAAAGCCUCUACCCAUCCGAGUGCAAAGUACCUCACCUUUGAGGAGUUGAACCCUCUCCGGACGCCAGACGGGAGACUUGCGUUCAACAAAUAUGAUGACAUUGCGGACACCAUUGGCCGUCCCUACGCCAAAGACGAGAAGACCCAGAUAGCUGAAUUCAAUCCAGAUGAGCAUCGCCCGACUCUCAUCUUUCUCGGCUUGGACUUGGAAGGCAAAUAUGCGGUUUCUGGGGAGAAUGCUCAUCUGGGGCAGUAUGUUGGAGUCCCUUACUUUGCUCUCGACGUGAGCUCGAACCGUUACGCAGAAUUGAAGGAGUCGCAAACGGCCGCUGGCCUCAAAUACGUACCCACCAGGGUCGAUCUCACAUUAGAUCACCCGCAGUCAGCAAUAUACAGCCAUGCGCGGUCGCUGAUCGACUGGAACAAUCGCAACCGCUACUGUUCCAGCUGCGGUGGCCGCAUGCUAUUUACGCACGGAGGAGCGAAAGUGAUCUGUCCACCUGCCGACAACGGUGUCCUCCGCCAGCGAGCGUGUCCGACCCGGAUCGGACUGCAUAACCAAGCAUUCCCACGGACCGAUCCCACAGCCGUCAUCGCUCCCAUAUCGGCGGACGCAAAACGUGUUCUUUUAGGCCGUGGAAAACGCUGGCCUGCUAACUAUUUCUCAUGCCUCUCAGGCUUCAUUGAACCUGGCGAAAGCAUCGAGACGGCAGCAAGGCGGGAAGCCUAUGAAGAAACCGGCGUCCACAUUGACAGGGUACAGAUCCACUCCAGCCAACCGUGGCCUUAUCCGUCGACAAUGCUGAUCGGCGUCAUCGGCCAAUGUGUCGAGGGAGGGGAAGCCAUCACCUAUCCGGAGACGGAGCUGGAAGAAGCCAAAUGGUUUGAGCUUGCUGAGGUUGAGCACGCCUUGAACAACGGCGCGAAUCCCAUGUGGGAACCGCCCAUCAAGGGAUACUCUGGUCCGAGAGUGCCCCCUAGCCAAUUAAUGGCCCAUCAAGUUUUGAGAGGGGUACUGAAGCUGUUUCACAAGUAA